GUCAUUUUGGAGCGAAAGUUUUCGAAAGCGUCAACAGGAUGGAUGAGAGAUGGAGGGGGUUUGUGGUUGAAAUAAGUUGAAAUAUUAUUUAAGUUAUGAUUUGACGACGUUGUAUUGAUAGGGACUCGCGAAGUGGCAGUAAAAUGGAGGGACUGGAGAUGUCUGCGAUGAUACCGGCUCUUCAGGAGCUAGCUAGGUGAGUAACAGCCUGAAGUCGGCUAGGCUAACUAUCAGGACUCUGAUACUUUGGAUUUUAAAGUGUUUUUUUUUUCAACAAGCAAACUAGUCUAGUAAAUGACAACCCACAGGCUGUUGUGUGUUUGCAUUAAUGGUUUUGGGCUGUGUUGAUGUUCACAGUGCCGGUGCUGCAGAGUACGAGCAGGCGGUGCAGAAACCUCGACAGAUCCUCUGUCAGUUCAUUGACAGGAUUCUGACUGAUGUGGAUGUGGGUAAGUCAAGGACUCAGACUUAGGAAAAAAACAUAGUACAGCCAGUACAAAAGCAGCUCUAAAAACUAAAAAAAAAUAAAGUAGUGUCUGACAGUGUGUUCAUCUCUGUGCUCACCCAAAGUCAUGAGAAAUCGCUGGUAGUGUGAGCCAAAGCACUUAAUAUCUCCUCCGAAGCUGCUCUCUGCCUCGUCAUCAUUUACUUUCCUCACAAAGCACGUAGCAAGAUCCGAGCAUGAAUCCGUUCGCUUUAUUAAGCUGUAUUAGCCAAUCAGGGGCAGACGGGUAUGAUGAUUUGAUUCGCCAUGACUCCAGGAAUGAUUGAACAACUACAGAAUGUUACAAAAUGACGUAUCCGCGCUCCCGGCUUAAAGGGUAGAAAUGCGCAGGCGCCGCAGGUGUUGUGCCGUGCAAUUGUUUUUCUCAUCUUCUAUCUGUGUUUCUCCAGUUGCUUUAAGGCAUCACAAGAAGUCGAGUUCAGAGCCGGCUUGUGUGAUGCUGCUUGAUUUUGUGCAGCAUAUCAUCAAAUCCUCCUCCCUGAUGUUUGCCAAUCCCUCCUGCCGGCCUGCAGAGUAUCCAGAUACCACUCAGAGCUGUACCGGUAUGAUGCUCUUAAAAAGCUCCUUUUUCUCCCUUAAAUUGAAACAAUGAAAAAAAAGAUUUCUUUGUUCGUAAUGUCUUUAUGCUUUUCUUUCCCUUCCUGUCCCCUCGUCUCCCACUUGUUUCAGACUUCAGUAUGUGGGUGGCGGUGCGUUUGCUUCGUGUGGCGGCAGCUCCUGACUGUGACGUCAUCCAUGGCCGCGUCUCCGCCACGUUGUGCUCUUUGCUUCAUACCCUGAGAGUCAGGGCGCCGUUCAUCUCCACUCGCCUCACUCAGGAGUUCAUUUUUUUAGCACAGGACCUCAGCGUCAUCUUGAACUUUCAUAUAACAUCUCUGUCCGGAUCAGGACACACUCGAAACCGAUGGCCUGCAACACUCGAAUGCUUCAGUAUCUCACCUGAUCGUGCCUCCUCAUACCUCACCCCCUCUCCUCUCAGUGUCUCCUCGCCUGCUGCCCUUGAGACCUUAAGUGCAGUGACAAUCGGCGUCUUAACCGACUCCCUGAGAGGAGUCAUUUCCCGUCGUGAUCUCGGCACCGCCUGGGAGACCGCCUGUUCUUUCCUUGCAAACGGUAACACCAGACUGAAGAGGCUCUCCAUGGUGAUGCUGAGGCGGCUGGUAGAGCUGGGAGGGUUUCCUGAGAUCCAGGGUUACGAGUUCUUCGCGGCCUACCUCCAUUUGUUGGAAACACACUCCCCCACAUACACAGCAAACACAAACUCGGAUGAAAACGCUCCCUAUGAAGGAGAGCUGCUACUCCUGACUCGCUGUGUGUUCCAGUCCUCUCACUCCCGUUUUGAGCCCAUCCACCUCUCACAGAUGUUUGAGUGUGUUUGUACUCUUGGAGGGUCUGGUGUCAAGUUUGGGACGGAGGUUACGGAGUCUCUCUGUUUGCUGUUUAGCUUCUUGCUGUCUGUUGCAGUAGUUUAUGAAAGCGCUGCACCCUUAAGAAGGCAGAGGGUCACAGAGGUCUGCAGGGCGCUGGCAGGAAGUGUUGGAACUGAAAACCAAGCCGAGGUAAGCUUUUGCUCCGUAUUUUUUAAAAUCGUGUUUUUUGUUCCUUGUCACCUGUAUGUCAUCCAUUGUGUUUGUGUUUCCCAGUGUGCAGAGGGGUUCCUACAAGCUGCACUAAAGGCUGAGGUUGGUUUGGUGAUGCAGAAAUCAGAAGAUGGAGAGACUCCUGCCAAGAAAUCCUGCAAAUCUGCCACCAAAAACACAAAAACAUCAGCAGGGUGAGUUCAAAAUGCAGUCACAGCUGUGCGCUAAACAGGGCAGAACACACCUGUUAAAUGUAGUUAAAGGAAUAUUCCGGCGUAAAACUAAUUUAGGGUCAAACACACUGUAACACUGAGUUAGACAUCCCCUCGAGAGAUGAAUAUUGCCGACUGCUUGCUUCUCUAAUUAUACUAACUUUAGUAACGACCGCACGAUAGCAAUACACAGCGGUCUGAGGAGCCACGCACAAACCUUAACCAAAACGCCACUCUAUAGCCACAAAUAAUGCUCAGAACAGCACCUAACUUCAUCAACAGUACAUAUAGGGUCCCAGCCACAGCAUGAGCCACCGAACAUUUUUUUAACUUUGACUAAUUUGUUUAACAAAGAGACUAAACACAACUCACCUACUCUCAUCAAGCAGCCGCUUGUUUGUAGCAAGACCUCAGGACAGUCCAUCACAGACUAAAGCGGGGUGACGCAGCUCAAGGAAGAACAUUUAUGAUCACCCCGCUGCAGUGGAUUGCAGUGAACUUUUUUUUUCUCCUAAAACUGGUUCUCUCAAUGCAAAUGUUCACCACUUCUAAUGGGGGUUGUGAGUGUAUGCUCGUCAAACAGUGUCUCACAUCCAUUCUGCAGAUUUUCAGUCCUAACAUGAUGAUGCUCUCUGUAUCUUGAAGCGAGGUGGACAUGCGUGUCAGCAGUGAGGUCUGGGCUGUGGUGAACAGCCGGCUGGAGGAACUGCAGACCCUGUUGAACUCAGACUCUGUUGGAACUCAAACAGAACAGACUCUCUCCGCUCUGGAGGGUCUGGGCCUGAUCCUGCACCUGGCAGCCUGCUGCUCCUCUCCCACCAGGUAAACACAGACGUGAACACAUUCUCCCACUCGAUCCUCUAACCAUAAAAAAAGACUUUUUCUAAUCUCAAUUGCAUUCGCUCUCUCUCUCGGGUUAUCAUUUUGGCAGUGUGUCGCCUCUUCUCUGGGUACCUGCUGAGACUCUUGGCAGGGUGCUGAAACACUGUCAGUCUGUGUUAGAAGGAGGCGCUCAACCUAUCUCAAACCAGGACUACUUUAAGUCCGCCUACAAGACGACUGUUGGGGUCCUGGACUCUAUCCUCUACCUGACAGGUACGGAUGAGUAGACUCAAAAACACACACUUUGCUCUCAUCCUUAUCAGUCCUUUAUUGUUUGUGAUGUUGACAUGAUUGUUUGUGCGUUCACAAAAGCAAACAAACCCACACUACAUUGGAGGACACUAUAUGAUCCCAUAACUGUCUGUUUUAAACUCUGUGUGUGUGUGUGUUUGUGCAGUGAACGGUCGCAUUGAAGAUGAGCUCCAUCGACAAGUUUGUGCUCUGCUGUCUCUUCCCUGGGUCUGUGAGAACAAGUUUGUCUCAGCCUAUCGAAGUUCAGGUUUCCCAUCCUGGCUGCCUGCUUUAGCGGACAGACUCACCUUCUGUUACUGUGAGUACUGCUCACCUGUGGCUGCUUUGUUUUUAAAGGUCUCCUAUUAUGGCAUUUUUCAUCAAGUUUAAAUCGGUCCCAGAGGUCGCACAUUAGUAAAUUGGAAGUUUGUUGUCUAAAACACUGGUUUAUUUGUGGAUAUCAGCCAGCCUGUACCCCCCCUUUUAUUAAGCUCCACUGAGAACGGGCCGAUUCUGCGCCUGUACCUUUAAAUGAUAAUGAGCUGUGUCGUAGCUUCGACAUGGUCACUGUAGUGGUGGAUGCUACCUCAGCGAAGAAGAUUUAGUGGGCUGGGCUAAUGAUUCUGGGGGGCGGUGCCACCAAUAUGUAAGAGAGGCCUAUGCGGCUAUGUCGUCAUAACCGCCCUGCUUUUCCAUCUGCCCAUUUGAGAGGGAGAGAAUGAAAUUUUGUCACCUAAAAGUGGAUUUUUCAUAUUAGUGGAGCUUUACAUCUUAACCCGACUGAUUCAGAGGUAAGAUGAAAUCAUCUGACUGACGUGCUUGUGUGUCCUUCCAGCGCCUGAGCUCCGAGCAGACUCUGUGUCUCUGCUGGCCCUCCUUCAUCGUGGCGUGUGCAUGAAGUGGCGUGAGUGUGUGUUUUCCAAAUCACUUCAGAGUCAAGAUGAGGUGGUGAGAGCGGCAGCAGUCAGAGCUUUCCCUCUUCUUCUUCACCACCUGGGCAACACACACCACGAUCUCAUCGGCACUACCCCGCUGUAAGCUCAUAUAUUUAACACUUAGCGUACUUAAUUGUAUUUUUUAUAUAUAUUCCAUUUUGAUCUCGUUUUAUAUGUUUGAUCAUCCACAGUUCCAGACUGGAGGACGGUUCAGAUCAGGUGAAGAAGGAGCUUGCCAGGAUCGUCGGUCAGCUGAGCUGUAUCCAGUCUGAGCUCUCCCAGCUCGGCGUCUCCCACACAGACUCCACUCAUCCUCCUAAAAUGCUCUGCCACCAACUCACCCUUGCAGCAGAGCACACUGGGAACAAUUGUCCAUCCCUUAGGGCGAACGUUGUGAGACCUUUCCUGCCACUGCUCGGACGGCAAACUCCAAGUUGUGUCAAACAAGGUGCUUUGAGAUAUGAGUCUGGUGUUUUUCUUCAUAAUGAGAUUCAAUAACACACGUCAUGAGCCGCCAUGACGUAAAUCGUCUCGUGUUUGAUUCUCUCAGCUUUUCUCGACGCUCUGCCUCACCUCUGCCAGCAUGUCAAUCUGUCUAGUGGAGACAGCGACUCCAGGGCGGUUCUCUGCGCUCUGAUUGGUCUCAUGGAGGAUUCAGAUUCCGCGAUCCGAAUACAGUUCAGCCAAUCAGUUCGUUUCCUGCUGACAGAGACCGCUAGAAACUCUGAGCAGGGCGCUUUAGAUGAGGUAAGACUCAGACAUCUGCGCGUUUUACAAGGACAUCAUCUUGUAGGGGUUAACUGAGGAAAGCAUGCAUAAUAAUCUCGAUUCAUGUCAUCCAAGCUCCUGGUUACCAGCCUGCAAGGGGCAUUCAACAACGCCAGAAACAACCGUGAUGACGAUCUGCGCAACACUCUCAUCCUUACAACUGGAGAGAUCGGGAGGUACGUGAAAUCUUUGUGAACCACGCUAGACCGUGGUCCCUUUUUGAAUUCUUGUCCAGACCCUUUUUUCUUGUCUCUAAAUGUUCCUAACGUCUGCUUUUACAUGAAGAGAUUAUUAGUUUUAUCUGCCUCUCCUUUUAAGAGCGUCUCAGGGAAGUCUGGUGUCGUUCUCUCUGCUGCGGCUGCUCCACUGUCUGCUCUCCAAGUCGUCCUCGGUGUCAGUGGCUGCGUACACUCAGAUCAGAGCUCUGGCUACUGCCAAAGGUCUCAAACUUCAGACCCUCUUCAGCCAGUACAAGAACUCCAUCUGCCAGGUCUGAGAUCUUUAUAUUCCUUUUUAUAAAACCGGAAAACUUCUAUAAAAUUGUAUUUUAUGCAAAUAAUUUCAAGUAAAGAGAACCGUUGUUGUCCUAAAAGGUUGUCAACAUGAUAUCAGCUCAAAGUUUGUUUUUCUAGGUGAAAAGUUCUGGUCUGAAUCAGCUCUUCUUUCCCGUGUUUAGUUCCUGGUGGAGUCCCUCCAUUCACGUCACGAAUCAGCCUUGAGGAGCACACCAGAUCAGGGCAGCGAAUCAGCCAAUCAGAGGGAGCUGGCUCUGGAUAUCCUGGCUCAGAUUGCGAACGCUUUCGAUUUCCCAGACCUCCACCGUUUCCUCACCGUAUGUGAAAUGCCUAAAAGGACAGAUUCAGAUUCAACAUUUAUUUGUGUGGGUUUUGAAACACUCCUGUUUGGUGUUUUUGGUGUUUUUUUAGAAGACCCUUCAGGUGCUUCUGCCCUACCUGGCCGCCAAAGCGAGCACCACUGGUUCCGCCCUCAUCCGUACUUUGGCCAAUGAGCUGAAGGCAAACAGGAGAGAGAUUCUGAUCAACAACUUCAAGUACAUCUUCAGUCAUCUGGUCUGUUCCUGUACAAAGGAGGAGCUAGAGAGGGCUUUCCACUACCUUCAGGUAUUAAUCCGACUGUGUUUAUCUGCGCUUUUAAACAAAGUUAAAGGAGUUAGGCAAGACCUGCUGUCAGCAACAGAGAAAUGCGAAAUCGAAGCGAAACCCUAGAUGUGGAAAGAAAUUAUACUAAGGAUAAUAAAAAACAGAUGUUAUCGUUGGAUUAUAUCAAUUUUUGGCAAAACUGAAUAAAAUCAUGAAAAAAUUGAAGAGUUUUGAUCAAACGGAAAACUUUGGCAGGGUUUGAGACCAGCUAUGUGGCAGGACUUUGUCUGACAAACAUUAUUGAAAACAAGUUUAUCUUCUAUCGUAUUUUCCUUGUUUCUUUAAUUAAGAGGGAGACAGAUAUCGAACUGGGCUCUCUGCUGAGACAGGACUUUCAGGGUCUCCACAACGAGCUGCUGCUGCGCCUGGGAGAACACUACCAGCAGGUCCACUCAUACAUGAACAUAAAUGAUCCCUAAGAUUUGAAGCCUUUAUAUUCUGUACUCUCUGCCUGUGUACAUGUUUCUCAGCAUUAACCUUUGACGUUUCUCUGCAGGUGUUUAAUGGUCUGGCAAUCCUGGCUUCCUUUGCUUCCAAUGACGACCCGUACCAGGGUCCGAGAGACAUCACCACCCCAGAGCGGAUGGUACAUGUUACAGUGUUAUCUUCUGUUUUUAAUUAAAAGAUGGUUCACAAUCGUUAUUUUGGGUUCAAUUUGCGUACUUGAAAAUGAAAAACAGUCAUGGGACAGUAAAUAAAUCCCAAGAGCUUUUUAAAGUCCCACUCCGAUCGUUUUGUUUUUUACUACUAAAAGUAUUCUCAGUGGUCUUUAAAUGGUGAUUAUGAAGUUUUUACCAAAAAUCACGUUACCUGUGUCGUUUUCAAGGGCUUUUCUUCUGCAGAGCUCUAGUAGCUCAUUAGCGAUUUGCCUCUGAGUCGUGGGCGGAGACAGCGCUGCUCUGCACACUCAUUUUGGAUCUCAGCUUGGAUUGGUUACAUAUGAAAUCUCACUGUUUCUGAACCUGCUGUUUGGGUCUGCCAGAGAUUCACAGCGAUUUGAGAGCAGAAAUACUCAGAAGUUUUCUCAUGAUGUGUCCUGUAGCGUCAGAAAAAUGCCAAAUGAACAUAUUAAAAGAAAGAAAAACAUAAUUUUCAUCGGAGCGGGUCAUUAAACAGGCUUAGGACCAUCAUCAUCAUCAUGUAUUUGUUGAAAAAAGAUUUGACAGCUGUUACAAAAAUGCAUCUUUAUUUUGGAUUCUGGUUGAGUGUACAUGACUGUAAAAACCCUGAUCCAAACUAAGAGCAAAUUGUUUAACAAUUUUCCUCUUUUGUCAACAUUCCUCUUUAUUUUUUCUGUCACCAUGACAGGCCGACUACCUGCAGCCAAAGCUACUGGGAAUUCUCGCUUUCUUCAACAUGCAGCUGCUGAGCUCCAGCGCAGGAGAGAAAGAGCGCAAGAAGCUGGUGUGUGAUCCACUGACGAGGACUACACCUCAACUGAUAUUUAGACAUUUAUUUUAAUCUUGUGAAAUGAAAGCUGCUUACUUUUCUUUGCAGGUGUUGACCAGCGUGAUGGCUCUGAUGAGACUCAUGGGCUCCAAACACAUCAGCUCAGUGAGAGUGAAGAUGAUGACGACGCUCCGCACGGGGCUCAGAUACAGAGAGGACUUCCCUCUGCUCUGCUGCCAGUCAGUCCACACACACACACACACACACUUAAACUGUACAAAGAAAGUUCAUAUCAUACAGUUAUUGCAGCUUUUAGAUCAUGUGUUAUCAGCUCAAACUCUUCCUUGAAUCAUCUUUUUAAUAUUGUUUUCUAACAGGACGUGGGAAUGCUUUGUGAAGAGUGUGGAGCCGGCACACCUCGGCCCUUUACUGAGUCAUGUUAUCGUUGCACUGCUCCCUCUGAUCCCUCUACAACCCAAAGAAACUGCUGCUAUCAUCCGCUUCUUGAUACUGGACAACAGGUAACAAAUCAAACAUUGCCUGUGAAGGAAGCUCACCUCCAAACCAAACAAAUGAUGAUGUAGGGCUGGGCGAUAAAUCGAAAAUUUACCAAUACCAAUUUUACAACAAUAACAGACGUCAUUUUGCCCAGGUCAGUAUAUUGGGUGUGUAAAUAAAAGUUGGUUUUGGGAUGGGAGUCAUUUUUUUAUUAAUCCCGUGAUCGGGACGGGAAAAAAAAACAACGGGAGUGAGCAGGAGCGGGAACAACAUUAAUAGAUGAUGAUUUUCAGCCAUGUUAAACAACCAGAUGAACAGAUGCGUCCAUUUUUGUAGUCAUCUCUCAGUGAGAGCCAACACUCUCGACCGCGCUAGCAACACAAAAGAACUACAACAGUGGUUUGACUUCCUGCCACCACUGGAAGUGAAAAGCGACUCGGAGCGGCUCGCCGGCAGUCGCUCCGACUCCGACUCGACUGUCACUUUUACCUAAAAUUUUUUAGGUAAUUCUAAAAUAAAAAAUGCAACGUUUUUUCAACAUUUUUGUUUUUUUUUCAAACGGGAGCAGGACAGGAGUGGGAGUAAUUUUAGUGGGAGCGGGUUAGGGGUGGGACAGGACAGGAUUUUUUUUUUUACUCUGGUCCGGGAUAGGGAGGGGACGGGAUUUUUUCUCAGGGAGUAUGACGGGACAGGAGUGAAAAUCCGCACCCGUGUCAUACUCUAGAGGGGGUGAGCAACUUGUGGAGUAGCUAUCAUCCAUUUAACAUUAUCGAGGUGAACUGCUCAAUAUAUCGUGAUAUUGAUUUGAGGCCUAAUCGCCCAGCCCUAUGAUGAUGCUUUCCUGCCUUAAAGCUCUAGUGAGGACUUUUGAUGCUGUUAUGAAACAAACUGGAAAAAAUACAGAUGCCUCUGUGACCUGUGAAAGCAAAAUAAGACCAUCGAGUCUGAAUUCAGUUGAUUUCCUACAGGGAAGAAGUCAAAGAUUACCUCCAUGAGAUUUAUUUUCUGCCCGACCAUCCUGAGCUGAAAGACAUCCACACAGUCCUGCAGAACUCCAAGAAGGUCAGUGAGGGACAUAUUUUUUUAUUACAUGCAAGUCAGUGGUGUCAAGAUUGAUAUCUAUGAGCUGUGGAGGUAAAAGUUGUAAUUCUUUGUCUUGAAGCUGACAGCCAGAAGCAGCGACCUGGCUGCAGCUCUGCAGCUCUCCAUGAGGGCUGUUCAACAUGAAAACAUGGACGUCAGGAUUCACGCACUGACCAGCCUCAGAGACAUGAUGCACAGCAACCAGGUAGGAUAACACCACAAUAACACACACAGACACACAAAGUGUUGGGCAGAGUUCAAGCUCUUGUUUGCAAGUUUCAAUUGAAUUUUUUGCUAAAUCAAUUCAGUACACUCUGCUCUUUUUCCGGUGUGAAGUGAGUAUCGAUUACUUCACCUGAACUGUUAAUUAUAAGGACACCAUGCAGUAAAAUGCAGACACUGAUCAAUUUUACUACACUUUCACACACUCUGCUGUAAAACAUCUCAUAUUCCUGCAGCUUCCAGUCUGUCCUGGAUUAGUUACAGCACCAUAAAAACUUCUCUGAGUGUUUCUUUGGUGUCACGGACUGCAGGAGUGGCUGCUGCGGCAGGUUUGUGCGAGUGAGGCGGUGGAGCCGGUCAUCUCCAGCCUGGUGUCGGUGCUGCUGAAGGGCUGCCAAGACUCGUCCCCCGAGGCCAGGCUGCUCUGCGGGGAGUGUUUGGGAGAGCUGGGGGCCGUGGACCCUGGACGUCUGGAUCUGUCACAUACCCACACCCACGGAGAUCGCAACACUUUUGUGGUAAGCUAAUACCAGCACACCUGAGAUCUUUUUACCUGGAUGCACAUCUUGAAUGUGAAAAUUUAGUGCCGUAUUUUUUUCUUUUUCCUUUCACCAGAGUGGCGUUGAUGAUCCAAACUUUGCAUACGAUCUCCUGACAGAGCUGACCAGGACGUUUCUGGCGUACGCUGAUGACGUGAGAGCCCAAGACUCGGCUGCGUAUGCAAUUCAGGUGCUGAACUCAGACUUUACAAGCACUAAAUUUGUAAAUCCAGCAUCAGCAUCAUCUAUCUGAGGCUUAAAUUUCCCAUCAUGUGCACUGCAGGAGCUGCUCUCCAUCUUUGAGUGUCGUGAGGGUCGAACAGACUCAACAGGACGGCGUCUGUGGAGGAGAUUCCCAGAGCACAUUCAGGAAAUACUCGAACCACAUCUCAACAGCAGGUAUGCACUCAAAGACAAGAGCUCUAACCCUCUGUCCUGUUCAGUCGUUGAGCUCUCGUCACUCUCUAUCUUCAGGUAUAAGAGCAGCCAGAAGGAGGUGAACUGGUCCAAACUGAAGAAGCCGGUGUACUUAAGCAAAAGAGGCAGCAAAUUCUCUGACUGGUCUGCAACCUGGGCCGGAUAUCUCAUCAGCAAAGUAAGCAGAUUUCGUUUUCUUAAAAGGGGUCAAACCAUAGACUGUAUAUAGAAUGGACGCCGUCUGCCUCCUCGCUGGGUGAAGCCACUCUGAGAACAGCACCCUCUAAUGACGGGCUGCAGUAUAGGUCAUAAAUCCCGCCUCCUGUCCUGUUUUUUUCUGUGCAGCUCCAUUUUUAAAAAUUAUUCGGGGGUUCGUUUUUUUAUAAUCGACACCUGAUACAGCCUAUGGGGGAUAUGCUGUUUGAGCUGGGUGUCAUCACAGCGGCUCUCGGCGACUCUCCCGCCGAAUGCGUACAACGCUACUGCGCAGCGCUGGUUUCAGGAAGUGGAGAAAAAUUGCGGAAAUAUCGAGAGCUUUUUGGCGUCAAAUCCGUGUACAGGCGGAACCAAGUUGUCCAUCGUCUAUACAGUCUAUGGGUCAAAACACAUUCUUACCUCAAGGACCAAUCCGCCUUUUUGUUAUGGAAUCUGUAUCUAGACGUUUUGGCGCCACAUUCACUCAUUAUGCGUUUCAGGUGAGGCAUGAGCUGGCCAGCAGAGUCUUCACCUGCUGCAGCUUCAUCAUCAAACACGACUACAAAGUGACAAUCUACCUGCUGCCUCAUAUUCUGCGCUACAUGCUGCUGGGCUGCACGCCUGCGGAGCAAAGAGAGGUGGGCACACACAUCUCGGUUACUUUUGAUAUAUACUUUUUUUUUCGUUCAUUAGCAGUAAUUAAUCUCCUCCCUCCAGGUAACCGAGGAGAUGCUGGCGGUGCUGACAGAGGGCGACGGAGUGGGAGGAGGCGGGCGCAGUCAGGAGACAGCCUCCAGCCUUUCACAGCUCGGCAUGCAGACGGUGUUCAGCAUGUUGUCUCACCUCACACAGUGGAGCCGACACAUCCUCUACUCCAAACCCAAAAAUGGUCAGUCACUUUUGAGAAAUACUUUCGGUUCCAACACUUCAGAAAUGGUCAAAUCACCUGCAGAUAAAGCUUUCUUUGUCACACCUGUUUUGCUAGCUCAAUUCACACUCAUGGUUAAACCAACAGAAUGUGUUUUUUUUCUGCAGAGAGUGGGGAUUACCAGCGUGUGAUAAACUUCCUGAAGGGUAUCCCACAGGACGUUCUGGCCAAGGCCUCUCUACGGUCUAAGGCGUACACUCGGGCCCUCAUGCACUUUGAGGCAUACAUCCUAGAAAACAAAGAAAACGUCCAGGACCAUCUCACCUUCUUACAGGUCAGAGGAAAGUUUGAUCUCUUCACUGAAGUGUCAUCUCCUAAAAUCUAAAAUAAAAAAAAUCACAUAGUAGAUAAAGGUUUCAUGAGCGUGUACCGCAGAUCUCUAACUGUGAAAAUUGACUGAAAAAUAAAGUUAAUCGGUGUUGCUGUCUUGUGGAGGCUCUCUCAGCACUCUUGUAAUGAUUUCCUGCUGCAGACGUUGUACGCUGCCAUGCAUGAGCCUGACGGGGUGAGAGGGGUCAAUGCCCUCAGGAGAGAGGAGCCGUCGCUACGGGAACAGAUACUGGAGCACGAGAGCAUCGGCCUUCUCCGAGAUGCAACAGCCUGUUAUGACAGGGCCAUUCAGCUGGAGUCAGACCAGGUGCACACACAUCAUUAAUAUUGCAAGUACAUAUACAUAGACAUUGGAUCUACUGUAUAUCUUUGACAGGGCAGGAAAAGUACUAUAAUAUUGUACUUGAGUAAAAAUACAGUUACUUAUACAGCAUUUUACUUAAGUAGAAGUUAAACUACCGCUGUGUUAAUCUAGUCAAGUAAAGGUUUCUGUACUAAAAAUGUACCUUAAGUAAUUAGUACUUUUAACAAACAGUGGUAAGACCCCAAACAAUGCAAAAACAUACUGUCCUAAACUUAUUCUAAUCACUAACAGAAAUACUCUGUCAGGUAAUUUUGAUUCUGCACAAAUCCAGGGUGAAGUUCUUGAAUAUUCUUGCUGUGACUUUUGUCUGUUUUGCACUUUGUAGUUGGUUUCUGUACAUUUCAGUUAUGGAUGGCUGGCUGUGCCAAAGAAUCAGGGUUUAAAGAAUAUAAACAAAGAAAGCAAAAUUUUCUCGAUGAAACAAGAUGUAAAACUAUUUUAAAUCAAUGAAUAAAGAAGACUUUUUUCUGUGUUUAAAUGUCGUAAAUUAAAAUACUACAGAGGAUUCAAGUACACAAAAAGUAGGGUGACCAUAUUCUGACUUCCCAAAAAGAGGACACGACUAAGUGGGGGCGGAGUCACAGAGUCGCACGAAGUUAAUUUUGAGAGUUUUUCGGGUUGCAUUAAGUGUCUUUUACGUGCUUCGAACCCAGUAAGUCCACAUGACACAAACACAAAAUUUACAUACGAAACUGCAGACAUUUAAAGGAUUUUAUAAACUUCCCGGACAAACCCAGAAAGCCCCGAAAAAAGAGGACAUGUCUGAGUAAAAGAGGACAUAUGGUCACCCUACAAAAAGACUACUCAAUUACAAUAACGCUCCAGAUUUUUGCCAGUAUAGGGACAAAAAUAACUAUAUUGUCAUCUGUUGUUGAAUCUGUCUCCCUAUCUCAUCUUUUCUCUGGUCCCUCACAGAUCGGUCACUAUCAUGGGGUGAUGACCUCUAUGCUCGGCCUGGGACAGCUGUCAACAGUCAUCACUCAGGUCAAUGGAGUGCUGGCCAACAAGUAAGCCAUCAUUUUGUUUACACACUUUCUUAUAUAUUUAGCAGUAAGCGAUGACUGUAUAUCUUUAACUUUACACGUUUAGACACCAGUGGAAGUCUGAGCUGAACACCUACAGGGUGGAGGCGGCCUGGAAGCUCGGAAAAUGGGACCUACUUGAAGAUUAUUUAAGUUCAGGUAAAAAUAGUGUCCUUGUUUGUUUAUUUGUUUUUUAGCAGAAUCAAACUUAAACACAAAAAUGUUUCUGUUGCGCUGCUAUCACGUCUCCAGACACUCAGUCCAGCACCUGGGGUGUGCGACUCGGCCAGUUGCUCCUUGCAGCUAAAAAACAGGACGCUGAAACUUUCUAUGAGAAGCUAAAGGUGGUGAGGAAGGAACAGGUUGUCCCACUUUCUGCUGCCAGUUAUGAAUGUGGAACUUACCAGAGAGGACAUGAAUACAUCGUCAGGUCUGUUUGUGUGUGUGUCAGCAUUUUCGCUGCCUAUUUUCAGAUUUUUGGGAGAGUGUUUUCCUACUCCCCCCAAAAAAACAAAUGUUCCUUUUUUUCUGGCCAGGCUUCACAUGCUCAGCGAGUUGGAGCACACAUUCACCGAGCUGCAGAAACAGAGAGAAAGCUCCACACCCAGCCUCAGUCAGCUGCCUCCUCAUUGGUCUGAUCGGCUAGAGAUGACCCAGAAUUCCUUCAGGGCCAAGGAGCCGGUCCUUGCCUUACGACGGGCCUUGCUCAGCCUGGGGACACAGUAAGGAUGUAGACGAAUUCUCGCGUGUUUAAUUUAUUCCUCAGAUCUUAAAUAAAAGCUACGUGAGCCCUCACAUGAGAUGAAACCAUUAAAAAAAAAUUGAGGUUCCAGGAAGCGGAGAAAAUCCUGGAAAUACCAGAGCAAUUCAGCUUCAAAUUUGUAUGAUGAUGGAAGGUUACCUACCUGGUAGCUAGACAGUAUUGACUUAGUAGUUAUCAUGUAAUUACCAGAUAAUUUCAUGUUGUUACUAGGUAAUUACCGGUUGAUUAUCUGGUAAUAAGUGUACCGUAAAAGAAAGUGUUACCAAAAUGGAUGUAAAUCACAGCUUUGUCCUUGUGCUUGCUCUGCAGGGCUGUGAGCAAAGAGCUGGUCGGUGAGUGCUGGCUGCAAAGUGCAAGGGUGGCCAGGAAGGCGGGACACCAUCAGACCGCUUUCAACGCCCUGCUGAACGCAGAGAACACACACCUGGCUGAGCUGGUCACUGAGAAGGCCAAGUGGCUGUGGUCCAAGGUAAAACCAACAAUAAACCUGUCACAUUCAGUCCAAGUCAGACAACUUUAUUAUUCCCACCGGGAGCGAUUGGUUUUAAACAGCUUGUACAAUAAAAACAUCUGAACUGUAUUGCAGUAUAACACUCAUAUAAGCUAAACAUAAUGUGCAAUCUAAAAUAGAUACUGAUGAAACAGUGCACGAAGCAUAAUACAAAACUUUGUGUUGUUUUGUUGUCAGGGCGACGUACACCAGGCCCUGAUCGUCCUGCAGAAAGGCGUGGCUCAGUGUUUCCCUGACGACCAGCCGCUCACAGACCCUCGCAGCCUUCAAACCAAAGGCAAAGCCAUGCUGCUGGUGGGGCGCUUCAUGGAGGAGACGGCGAACUUCGAGUCCAACGCCAUCAUGAAGGCAUACAAGGUAAUGUGCACGGGAAUUCUGUGCGCAGGUAUGCAAAGGUUUAUCCGCUUCAUUCACGGCUGAGUUUAAGGAUGCACUCUGCAGAAGCAAUUAUGGAGUAAAGUUCUGCUCACCCUGAAAAGCAAAGUUAUGAGAUAACUCCCUGGUUGCAAAAGUGGGGUAUUGCUUCAUUAAUUAUUUAGUAACUCUAGCUCAAUGAUCCUGCUGCAACUUUUUAAAUUUUUUAUGGAUUGUUAGAUCAUUAGCAUCUAUUUCCUUUCCUUCUUUUCCUGAAGCUGCUGCUCGUUUACGUUUCAUGUGCAAGUAGAGUUUAGCUUGAUGAGAUUUGGUUUACAGUGAGUGAAUCAGCAUCUUUUCACACAAAGAAAAGGCAAUAUAAACAAAGAAACAGCUACUAAAGACUAAAAGGUUGACCUUCAGUGAAUAAAAUCAUAUGUUUAAGGGUUCUAAAUGGUAUGCGUGUUUUAGGAUGUGACCAACCUUCUGCCUGAGUGGGAGGAUGGAAACUUUUACCUGGCCAAGUACUACGACAAAGUGAUGCCGAUGGUGACUGACAACAAGCUGGAAAAACAAGGCAACCUCAUCAGAUACAUAGUCAUGUACUUCGGAAAGUAAGUUGUUUUACUUUUACUUUUAAGACUGAAGCAACUUCAUGUCUCUGUGGAUGUAUUAAUCACUACACUGUGACUCUAUCCCUCUUCAGAGCCUUACAGUUUGGGAACCAGUACAUCUACCAGGCUAUGCCUCGAAUGUUGUCUCUCUGGCUCGAUUUUGGAGCCAAAGUGUGUGAGUGUGAGAAAGGUGGGUGGCCAGAGCAGUAACACUACAGGCCAAAAGUUUAGAAGCAAGGCCAUUACAGGCCGAACAGUUGGGAGUAACUUCAAGUUCUUGUUCACAAUGCUUUUUUUUUUUUAAUCCAGCAUGAGUUUUAUGUAUUUCGGGAUGUAUUUACUCCAUGAUCAGAUGUUGCUUUCAUGGAAAUGCACAAUUUUACUCCAUUUACCUUUAGAUAUACCUUGAUGUUAAUAGACCAUUGCUAAAUAUAUGUCAGCAAAAGAUAAUAAGGGCUUAGUUUUAGGGCUGAAAACAUUUGCAAGAGUCACAACUUCAGUGCAAAAGCAAAAAAACAAAUCACAGUUGGAUUAUUCACUUCAACUUUUUGGCUUUUGAGAGUCUGCAUACGAAAAUCCUAAUAAAUCUCAACUGUGUUCAAACUACCGCAAAAAUGGGAAGAAAGAAGCAACUGAGUAAAGAAACAAAAGUACAUAUUUGUACACUGAGGAAAGAAGGAUUCACAGAAAGAGAAAUUGCAAAACGCCUAAAGGUGUUUAACAAAGGAGUCCACUACACUCUGAAGAGACUAGAGGAACCUGCAGUUAUGAUGAUAGAAAAUUACCUGGAUGAAAGAGAGUCACUACAAAAGCAGAGGAUAGCAUUGUCACCAGUAAGAGAGAUCAGCAAAAGACAGCACCACAAAUAAGGGAGGAAAUCAACAUGACAAGGUCGAAACCCAUAUCUCUGACAACCGUGAAAUGACAUUUGAGAAAGGCUGGUCUGAAGGGUUGUGUCAGACUUACUUCCAGAUAUUUCCUUCUUUAUCACUAAAAUUACAUUUCCCUCCAUAACAGCUGGGCGAGCGGACAGACAGAUGCGACAGGAGCUGGGGAAAAUCAACACGGUGGUCAGCGAGCACUGUGCCACUCUGGCACCGUACCAGUUCCUGACCGCCUUCUCCCAGCUCAUCUCCAGAGUGUGUCACUCCAGCGACGAGGUCUUUAACGUCCUCAUGACCAUAGUUGCCAAAGUCUUUCUGGCAUAUCCUCAACAGGCUAUGUGGCUCAUGACAGCUGUCUGCAAGGUAGAUGGACAGUUCCAAUCAGGGCCUCAUAUCCUGAAUCUGUGGAGUUUAAUUUUAUAAGGCAUUGUUAGAAAAAUUCAUAAGGGAAGUUUGUUUAACAUCACAUAUUAUAAACUUGUAAGUUAGAUGCUCUCUCAAACAUCUAACCUCACACUUUGUGCUUUCAUAGCUGUGUGUUUGUUGUUAUUUCAGUCCUCCUACCCCAUGCGGAUGAAUCGCUGUAAUCAGAUCCUUAAGAAAGCCAUCAGUCUCAAACCGUCCCUAGAGAAAUUCAUCGGGGAUGCAAACAGACUGACUGACAAGCUGCUGGAGCUCUGCAACAAGCAGGUACACACAUAGACACAGACUCUGCUUAUUGUACCUGGGUGGUUUCUGUCAAAGUUUGUUGUCUUAAUCUAAAUAUGACAAGUCUGUAAUACUUGUAAGGAUUACUGCUCUGUUUUCCUUAACAUCAUACUUGAUUUUAAGAUGAAGUGUGGACCCAAAAUGAUUCAGUCUGGACCAUCACAGACUGUCUGUAGACAAGACAGUAGCGGGUUUAUGUGUGGAUCUGUCUCUCAGGUGGACGGGAACAGCACCACCCUCAGCAUGGGCGUUCACUUCAAGAUGCUAAAACGCUUGGUGGAGGAACAGACCUUCAGCCAGAUCCUGAUCCCGCUGCAGUCAGUCCUCAUCCCCACGCUGCCCUCUACUGGAGGGGCAAACACACAGCAUGACGCCUUCCCUGGACACUGGGCCUACCUGGAUGGCUUUGAAGACUGCGUAAGAAGCAGAGUUUAUUCUUGUCAAGACGGCAGUCACACAGUUCGUUAUGAAACUUAACCUGAAAACUUAACUUGUUAGUGUUUGUGUGUUUGUAGGUGGAGAUCUUGGCCUCUUUACAGAAGCCUAAGAAGAUCAGUCUGAGGGGGUCAGAUGGGCGGAGCUACACCAUGAUGUGUAAACCCAAAGAUGACCUUAGGAAAGACUGCAGACUCAUGGAGUUUAACUGCCUCAUCAACAAGGUGUGUGAGAUAAAAUGAAGAAUUUAGACACACUCCAGUUAAUGACACUCACAAAGUUUACUUAUACAGUUUUUUAAUCUCUUAUAUUUAAGUAAGUGAAUGGAAAUGGACACAUAUAUAAAUAAAUAUAUAUAAGUGUAGUGAUUUGGAAUGAGCCUCACACGGUCGCAACAAAAUAUAUGUAGCGGUUGAAAUGAGCCUCACAAGGCCGUACCAAAAUAGUACUGUAGCGAUUGGAAUUUAUAAUAAAUGUCUGAAGAUUAAUAAUCUCAAAUUAUGACAUUUAUGCACUCGUUGAAAGGGGCACCACCCACCCUUAAUGGUGGGAAAAUAAAGAAAACAAAAGUUUAAUUCAGAAAUCAAACAUCAAGUCAGUUCUAAUUAAUCAGUCUUAAUUAAUCAGUCUUAAUUAAUCAGUCUCAUAUCUUAAGUCGAAAUUCUAAUUUCAGGGACUCCACUUCUGGAAGAACACUAACAGACAGGAACUUAGAAAAAUAAUGAUCUGUUUAUUACAAGAUAAAUGAUGGUACAACAAACAUGCAAUAAAUGAUGAUAAGAUAAUGAGGAUAAAAUAAUAAUAGGUGAAUAAAUAAAGAUUCUGAGUCAGGCUAGGAGCACUAAAGUUAAUGAUAGUGAGUGAAUAUGCGCUAACAUAUUAACCUACACUAACUUUGGCGUCGAGAUAAACUCGGAUGUGGAUUUGGAGGAAUCUAAGAUUACCAGAAUAAGAGGAUAUCUGAGUUGAACGCAGGAGACAGCACCAGCCCUCUUUGAAGCUCUGGAGGUUUGCAUACUUAAGUGAGACUGGUCCUUGGAGAAGAUGGAGCAGGUUCCGAAGGUCCGGGGCUACUGGCGGUUCGAGCGGUUCAGCUCAGAAGACGACUGAAGUCAGCCGAAGGAUGAGCCAGGAGUUGCAGCACUCGGGCCCGAAGCAAAGCCAGCGCCUGUGGAUCCUGUGGAUGCUCGUUUGGGUACUUCUUUGGUCUCACUCAAAAACUCUGGCACAGAGGAUGACCUGGGCCUGCUGGGUUGCGUUCAGAGGUGACUUUGAAAUCACGCAGAAAACUCAGAAAAACGAGGCUCGAAGAGCAGAGAAAACUUUCAAAAAUGGCUUCGCGAAAUUAAAGAAAAAUCAAUCAAAGGCUUAAUCUUGAAUUGCUAUGUGCACAAAAAGUUGAAGUUUCAAAACUUGAACUAAGACGAUGUUAAAGAAAAAUCAACGUGAAUCAACACGUGGCGUAAAACUUAGAAGACUAAGAAAAAGUUCUAAGAGAAAAUAAAGAAACGCACCACAGAAGGGUGUGGGCAGAAGAGAAGGGGCAUAAGAGCCGGGGACAAGAGAGUCAGCAGAAGAGCAGAAGCAUAAGAGAGAGUAAGAGAGAUAAGAGAAAAGAGAGUGAGCAACCCCACUCCACUGGUUUUAUCUUCUCACACUGGGAGUGUCUGAGGAGAAAGAGGAGGGGUCAUCGGGUCUCUGAUUAUUUGAUCUAACUUAUUCUUUUGGCUGGUAAAAGAGUCAGAUCUGAUACUCACUCACUAUGAUUAAUAUCAUUGAAUGCUUGGUUUCAUGAUAAAUAAUUUGAUACUAAACACAUAUGAAUGAAGUGUAGGAUCACAUCAAACAUUCUCAUUAUGUUUUAAGUAUCACAUUGAACAUGCUAAAUUACUCUGAAAUGAAACAGAUAGUAACACAUAGAAACUGUGAACAACAAAAGAGUAAACACAUGUGAAUGAACGUCAUCAUGAUUAAUAAUGGAUUCUAAAUACUCACAUUCAGAUUAUUCAGUGACAUUAUAACCACCUAAUGGUUAAGAUACUAAAUAAAUAACUAAAAUAUAAACCAAACAUUUCUACACUAUUUCUGUUACUUAGAGUAAACUUAGGAUUCAUAGUCAAUAAAUUUAACUCUUAAAAGUUCAUGAAACAGUCUGAAAAGCUGUUGGUCUAAAGAACUAAAGAAUAAGGAUUUAUUCUGUCAGAUAAGAUAACUUGGCUUCUGAAGCACAUAGAAAAACGGGAAACAUCUCAUUUUAACACAAAUUUCAUGAUUAGACAGAUUAGUACAUUGCUGAAUGCAUAAGAUGUCAUGAUCAGUCAUUUGUAUUCUUUCACCAAAGGAAUGCAGUCUUUAUCAGUGUAUGGUCGAGCAGGGUUUUACGACCGAGGUCUGGAGGUCAGUGUCCCCCCUUAUCCUGGGGUCCGUAUGUUCACACACUUUAAGACGCUAAACCUCAAAUGGGAGAUCUGGGUUGAGACGUUAAUGUUUAUUUAGAUGGUCAGCAAAUGGAGUCAGUUUGAAAGGUAAUAAAAAACUCUGUCUCUGUUCGCCGAACUGACCAAUCCUGAAGAGUCAGAGAUUUAGUCAACCUCCGGUUGGGUCACUUAUUUAACCUGAAAGGGCAAACACGUCUGGAAAGAUUUAUAUCCUGUUUCCUGGGACCAGAUAAGGAAACUUUCCUGUAAGGAAUGUGUGGGUUUCACAUCCAGGGUUGUCUUGAUUGCUACAUAAGUAUAUAUAAUAUAAAAUAUAUAAGUAAAAUAUUUCACAUUUAGUACAUCAGCAUAUGGAGCUGUAGUAUAUUUUAAAGUACUUAGUUGAAACAAGUGUAGUAAAUUCAUACAUGGGUACACCUUAUGCUUGUGAUCUUAUUUUUGCCUCAUUCUUCAUAAAUUGCCAGAUACUCCAAAGUAAAAAUGUGUGUUUAUUCACUCUGCGUGUUUGUAGUGCCUUCGUAAAGAUGCUGAGUCAAGGCGGAGAGAGCUGCACAUCCGUACCUACGCUGUCAUCCCCCUCAAUGAGGAGUGCGGCAUCAUAGAGUGGGUCAACAACACCGCCGGACUUCGGCACAUCCUCACUAAACUGUACAAGGAGAGAGGUAUCGUCCUGAAUAGAUAAAACAGAAGAACAGUAGGAAAUAAAAACAUCUUUGUGGUGAUAGUAUUUAAUUUGGUUUCAUGUGUGGUUGUGUCAAAGGCAUCUACCUGUCAGGAAAAGAGCUCAGGAAACUUAUUCUACCAAAGACGGCUCCCUUGGAGGAGAAGUUACGAAUUCACAAGGAGGUGCUGUGUGCUCGACACACCCCAGUAUUCCACGAGUGGUUCCUCCUGACCUUCCCUGACCCCACAUCAUGGUACAACCCGACUCAGCAAUUUCUUUAUGAUUCCUCUGAAGAGGGACACUGCUUUAAAAGCAAUCCAGAUUUUUGAUGUGUGUUUGUAUAAGUAACUGCAUGAGAGUUCAGAGGUUCUGUCAUGUUUUGAAGGCUGAGUGAAAAACUAAAUUUAGAAUAACUCUACAAACGUUUUUUGUGUGUUUUUACAGGUACAGCAGCCGCUCUGCGUACUGUCGCUCCACUGCUGUGAUGUCCAUGGUGGGUUACAUUCUGGGUCUGGGAGACCGACACGGAGAAAAUAUCCUCUUUGACUCCUUCACUGGAGAGUGUGUUCAUGUUGACUUCAACUGCCUCUUCAACAAGGUUUGUAUUUGUCUCAAAUUAUCGCAAAUCGUACUUUUAUCGAGAAUAACAAUCCUAGAAAUCUUAUAGAUUGAUCCUGAAGAAAUGCUGAAACCAUUAUACAACUUUUUCAGUUCUUUUUUCCUAAGUUUUUUUUUCAUGUUUUUCCACUAGGGCGAGACGUUUGACGUGCCUGAGGUGGUUCCUUUUCGUCUGACCCAAAACAUGGUCCACGCCAUGGGGCCUAUGGGCACUGAGGGUCUCUUCAGACAAGCCUGUGAGGUCACCCUGAGACUGAUGAGGGACCAGAGGGAGCCACUGAUGAGGUACAAACAUAUUACAAUUCAAAAUUAAAUACCAUAUUUGUUAAAACCAAGACAUACGGUGAGGCAUCUUUUUGUUACUAUGGCCCCUGUCUAUGGAACAGCGUAAACUUAAAACGUACCCUUUUAGUCUUGCUUUUAACUAAAUUUAUAUCAUUAACUUUAAGUGUUUUAGCAUUUAUCUCUCUCUAGUUUUAAUGACAGGAUCAUCUUUUAUUGAGCUAUUUUGGUGCUCUUAUAUUAGUAUCUUUCACGGUUACUUUUAUUUCAUUAUAUUUAUUAUUUCUUAAACUUCAUGUUACUUCAUUUUUAGAUUUUGACCUAAACCUCCAGUGUUUCCUUAAUCAAGCCCUUUUUAAGUUUAUGCAUUUGAAUACUGUUUCUGUUGCAUUUAUAUCGUGGGUGGGAAUGAAGGGUUAGGCUGGGGUAGAUUUGGGUGUCCUUUUAAUCUUGGGCUGGGGUAGAUUUGGGUAUUCUUUGUGUCUUUUAUUCUUUUUUGUGUGUAAAGCACUUUGUACUACAUGGUUGUGUAUGAAAAGUGGUAUAUAAAUAAAGACUGAUUGAUUGAUUGAUUGAUGUUAUUCAAAGAUUCCUCAAAGGUUUGUUUCAUGAGCAAAGCAUAUAUUAACAUAAAUCUAAAUCAAUGCGCUGUUAAUCCACAUGAUAUUAGACUAUGUGGGAUGAUGGCACCCUAAAACAUGCUUGCUGUGGUUAGAUUUCCAGUUACAAUUUUGCUUUGAAUCUUUCCCUACAAAGUAUUCAAUAUUCAAACUUUCCUGUUAAUUUUCUCUCCAAGUGUUCUGAAGACAUUCCUUCAUGACCCGCUGGUGGAGUGGAGCAAACAAGGAAAAGGGCUCUCUAAAACUCAAGCCAACGAAACAGGAGAGAUAGUCAAUGAAAAGGUGUUUAUAGAAGUCUAUUUUCCAUGCAUUCAAAGCAGAUGGUAUUGAAUGCCAUAUUUGCUAAAUAAUAUUUUAUAUCCCUCUCUGACUCUCUGCUUAGGCCAAAACCCACGUGUGUGACAUCGAGCAGCGUCUGCAGGGAGUAAUAAAGAGCAGGAACAAAGUGCUGGGUCUCCCUCUGUCAAUAGAGGGGCACGUCCACUACCUCAUACAGGAAGCUACAGAUGACAAACUGCUCUGUCAGAUGUACCUCGGCUGGGGGCCUUACCUUUAAAAUAAAAACAAGGUGCCUUGAAGUGUUCCCAGCUGGCGAGUAGAAACAAAAAGGUUCCCAAAUCGUUGAAUGUUAAAAAAAAAAAAGUUCCCUUUAAUGCUUUUUUUUUGUUUUUGUUCAAGCACUUAAAAUGUUCUGAAUGAGUUUCCUGUUUUCUGGAAAUGAGAGAUAUUUGUUGCAUUUCCCUAACAUUUGGUUGUAAUAAAGGAUGUGUUCUGCAGA